CGAAUCUCGCCUGUGGGUUGGUGGUGUUUCCUCACUUUCAGUCAUUCUUUUAAUACUCACCCUAGUCUUUCGUUUCUUGACCUACUUCCGUAGCGUCAACCACCCUCUCUACCCGGUCCGAACAACGAUCAGUACCGUAUAUAAAUUCUAUAUAUAUAUAAAGCAAUACAACUAGUCCGAAAUGAAGCUCACUAUUGCAUCGUCCGUACUUCUCGGCCUCAUUGCCGCCGUUGAAGCUGCAAAGCACGGACAUGGGCACAUCCACAGUCACCAACGCGAUGUGAACUCCGCCGCAGAAAUGGAGGCGCCUCUGGAGAAGCGAGGAGGGAGUUGUGAAUUUCCCAAGGAUGCCGGUUUGGUGGCCGUCACUCCGAACCUCAAGAAUGCCGGUUGGGCCAUGAGCCCGGAUCAGCCAUGUAAGCCCGGUAAUUACUGCCCGUAUGCUUGUCCUCCUGGUCAGGUAUCAAUGCAGUGGGAUCCCGAGGCUACCUCGUAUAGUUAUCCCAUGUCAAUGAAUGGCGGUCUCUACUGUGAUGAAGAUGGUAAAAUCCAGAAGCCAUUCCCUAACAAGCCCUACUGUCAGGAUGGCACCGGCGCCGUGGGCGCGCGUAAUAAGUGCAAAAGCCAGGUCUCAUUCUGUCAGACUGUCUUGCCCGGCAAUGAAGCCAUGCUGAUUCCGACCCUGGUGGAGGAGCUGGCCACGCUCGCUGUGCCUGAUCUCAGCUACUGGUGUGAGACUGCCGCCCACUUCUAUAUCAACCCUCCUGGCUACGAUCCCGAGACCGCGUGUGUCUGGGGUACCUCAGACGAGCCUUUAGGCAACUGGACGCCUUAUGUUGCCGGUGCCAAUACCGACGGCGACGGAAACACUUUCGUCAAGAUUGGUUGGAACCCGAUCUACCUGGAGCCAACCACUCCUUUCCGUGACGUGGUGCCCGACUACGGAGUCGAGAUUGAGUGCGAGGGUGAUGGCUGCAAUGGUCUGCCAUGCAAGAUCGACCCGGCGGUUAAUGACGUCAAUGAAGUUACUGGUAGCUCUUCAAAGGGCGCCGGUGGUGGUGCCUUCUGUGUCGUGACGGUGCCUAAGGGCGAGAAAGCCAAUAUUGUCGUAUUUGAAAAGAGUGGCAGCAGUGGUGGUCAAUCUUCGUCGUCCACGCCCGUUUCCACUAGCUCCAGCACUGUCAGCAGCAGCUCUUUCUCCUCUACUGUCAAGACCACGAGCAGCACUAGUACCACAAGCAGCACUAGCACUACCACUUCGACAACUCCCUCCGCCACACCUACAUCCACAACAGUGUCCGAAACGAGCAGCGUUUCUAGUACCCCAAGCUUGACCCCAACGGCCACUUCGACUCUCAUCUCAACCCCCGGUGUGACCCCCUCUUCCGGCUGGGUUUCUAGCUCAAUUCUGGCCUCGAGCGGCUGGCCUGUCCAAAGCCCACAGGUGCUGGCUGAGACCGAUGCCCGAUCGUAUGCGAUGUCCACCGACGGAGCAGCUGCGUCAUCUCCCUCUCCGACCCAAGUCGACAAGGAAAAUGCGGCACCCGCUGCUGGCGCGUCGAUGUUGAGCUUGGUCGUUGGUCUCAUCGCCGCUAUGGUGCUUUAGACACCACGUAAGACGGAACCUUUCAUCACCAUUUUCACUUCUCACUAUUCUUUUUUUUUUUUAUUACCUUCUUAACUCCGGGAUACCCG